UCUUACAUUUCUUACAUUUCUCUAUUUCCUUCCUCUAAAACCGGAGUUAACACAAUGAACGGUGAUCAUGUCUCCGUCGCAGACUCCGACAAUAUGAAAUCUCCGCUCUUACCGGUCGUCCACAAUGACGAACCAUUAGAGAGAAACACGAUGGGGCAACAUCUCCGGACAAUAUUCACGCCGAAUAAUUGUUAUAUCGCUCUUGGUCCUCUUCUUUGCGCCGUCGUGUGUCUAUGCGCACGGCUAGGCGGAGAUGAUACGACCAGGGCGAGGAACAUGCUCGGCGUUCUUGUAUGGAUAUUCGAGUGGUGGUUGACGGAGGCCGUUCCGAUGCCUAUCACCUCCAUGUCGCCGCUUUUCCUAUUCCCUCUCUUCGGAAUCACGGCGGCGGAUGAGGUGGCAAGUUCUUACAUGGAUGACGUCAUUGCCCUUGUCCUGGGCAGCUUUAUCCUCGCUCUCGCCGUCGAACACUACAAUAUCCAUCGUCGUCUCGCCCUUAACAUAACUAUGGUGUUCUGCGUGGAGCCUCUAAAUGCGCCACUGCUUCUUCUUGGCAUCUGCGCAACGACGGCGUUCGUGAGUAUGUGGAUGCACAACGUGGCGGCUACCGUCAUGAUGAUGCCAGUUGCUACAGGGAUACUUCAAAGACUGCCCUCUUCAUCGGAAAUGGUGCAUCCGGCGGUGGGGAAGUUUUGCAAGGCGGUGGUGCUCGGUGUGAUAUACUCGGCUGCAAUUGGUGGAAUGAGCACACUGACAGGAACAGGUGUGAAUCUGAUACUUGUCGGAAUGUGGAAAAGCUAUUUCCCUGAGGGUAAUCCGAUCAGUUUCAGCCAAUGGUUCUUCUUCGGUUUCCCAUUAGCUUUGUGCAUAUUCUUGGUGCUUUGGGGUAUUCUAUGUGUGUUGUAUUGUCCUAAAGGAUCAGGGAAAGCUCUCUCUCCUUAUCUUCAUAAAUCCCAUCUUCGUAGAGAGCUUGAGAUGUUAGGACCAAUGAGUUUCGCUGAAAAGAUGGUUCUGUCUGUGUUUGGUGGGUUGGUUUUGUUGUGGAUGACAAGAAAUAUAACACAAGAUAUCCCCGGCUGGGGGAGCAUCUUCCACGGCCGGGCUGGGGAUGGAACGGUGAGUGUGAUGAUGGCUACAUUGCUGUUUAUUAUCCCAAACAAAAUUAAAAAGGGAGAGAAGCUAAUGGAUUGGAAUAAAUGCAAGAAACUUCCGUGGAACAUAGUGUUAUUACUAGGAGCUGGGUUCGCUAUAGCUGAUGGAGUACGCUCCAGUGGCUUAGCUGAAGUCUUAUCCAAAGGUCUCGUGUUUCUUGAAACUGCUCCUUAUUGGGCCAUUGCUCCAACCGUUUGCCUCAUCGCUGCUACCAUCACUGAGUUCACCUCAAACAACGCAACCACUACAUUGUUGGUUCCUUUACUCAUCGAGAUUGCAAAGACAAUGCGUGUCCAUCCUCUGCUUCUGAUGGUCCCUGGUGCCAUAGGAGCUCAGUUUGCUUUCUUGCUACCCACGGGAACGCCCUCUAACGUCGUAGGGUUCACGACAGGGCAUAUUGAGAUCAAAGACAUGAUUAAGACAGGCUUGCCUCUAAAGAUCGCAGGAACCGCCUUUCUCUCUGUCUUGAUGCCAACCCUUGGGGCUUACGUUUUUGGAACAAAAGGAUGAGAUUAGUUCAAUGAGUUGAAGCACAAGACAACAGACACUAUUGAUUCAUUGUGUACUAUAUUCUUACAAUGGGGCAUCUUAUUUUAGAUAUGUCAGUCAAACCAGGAAAUUUAGAUGUGGUCAACAAACCGGCCCAUUUUUGUAACCUGCUCGACUAUAGUUUCCGGUACGAUUGUUUUCUUUUGUGCUUACAACUUACCGGUAAGUUUGGUCCUAUUUU